UCCUCAGAUCAGUCCAGCCACUCCCUCUUCUGCUGCUGCUGCGCCAUGCAGACCAGGGAGAUCAGCACCCGUAUGGAGCUGGAGGGAAGCAGGUCCCUGUGUUUCCAGAGCAGAAGAUACCCGGGACACGCCUGCAGGGUGGACCGCUCUCGGAGGAAACUGCCGCUGCCGCCGCCGGAGGACGAAGACGGAGAAGGACGAGCGUUACUGAGCGUCAUCGCCAUGUACGACUUCACCGCCAAGGAGGACACGGACCUCACACUGACACAGGGAGAAGAGUACGUCAUCCUUCAUAAACAGGACCAGCUGUGGUGGCGAGCUCAGGACAAACACGGUAAUAAAGGUUUCAUCCCGAGCAACUACGUCACCGAGAAGAACCGGAUCGAGGCCAACUCCUGGUACUGUAAGAACAUCACCAGGACUGAAGCUGAGCAGCUGCUGAGACAAGAGGAUAAGGAGGGCGGCUUCGUGGUGCGAGAGUCGAGCCAGAAAGGAGUUUACACCGUCUCCCUCUACACCAAAACAUCCAGCCCUAACGGGGACGUCCGUCACUACCAGAUCAAGCUCAGUGACAGCGGUCAGUUCUUCUUGGCUGAAAAAUACACGUUCAACUCUAUUCCAGACGUUAUCCAGUACCACGAACACAACGCAGCAGGUCUGGUGACCCGGCUGCGCUACGCUGUGGGGCCCAUGGGUCGGUGUGUACCGGCCACAGCAGGAUUCAGCUCAGAGAAGUGGGAGAUCAACCCCAGCGAGCUGACCCUGAUGAAGGAGCUGGGCAGUGGGCAGUUCGGACUGGUCAGACUGGGGAAGUGGAGGCAACAACACAGAGUCGCCAUCAAGGCCAUCAGAGAAGGAGCCAUGAGCGAGGAGGACUUCAUAGAGGAGGCCAAGGUCAUGAUGCGUCUGUGCCACCCCCGGCUGGUGCAGCUGUACGGCGUGGUGCUGCAGCAGCGCCCCCUGCUGAUCGUGGCGGAGUUCAUGGAGAACGGCUGCCUGCUCAACUUCCUGCGUCAGAGGGGGCGGAGCCUGAAGGAGGCGUGGCUCCUCUCCAUGAGUCAGGACGUCUGUGAGGGCAUGGAGUACCUGGAGGCGCAGAGCUUCAUACACAGAGACCUGGCAGCGAGGAACUGUCUGGUGAACGAGCACAACGUGGUGAAGGUCUGUGACUUCGGAAUGACUCGAUACGUUCUGGAUAACCAGUACACCAGCUCCAGUGGAGCCAAGUUCCCCGUGAAGUGGUCUCCUCCUGAAGUCCUGCACUACAGCAAGUACAGCAGCAAGUCUGACGUCUGGUCCUUCGGCGUGGUGAUGUGGGAGAUCUUCUCGGAGGGCCAGACCCCCUUUGAGAACCACUCUAACCUGGAGGUGGUGAGCGAGAUCACCAGAGGAGUCCGUCUGUACCGACCGAUCCGCGCCAAGCAGCCGCUCUACGCCAUCAUGUACCGCUGCUGGCACGAGAAGCCUCAGGGUCGGCCGUCGUUCUCCGAGCUGCUGGCAGAGAUCAGGAAACUGGCAGAAAAUCCAGAUUAGCACACAAACACAAACAUAUUAUAUAUGCACAUAUUUUUGUAUAUAUUGCUUAUUUUCCAACUAUGUUUUGUGUUCCAGCUGUCAUAUAUGUACACAGAUUGUAUGUUGUUAUUGUAAAUAACUAUUUUUUCAUUAAAACCUUAAUUACAGA